AUGACCAAGGUUUCCUUUCAAGAAUUUAUUCAAAAUAAUCAAAAUAUUACAACACAAUUAUAUCAACUAUUAAAUCCAAAUGGUCAACUCUUUGUAAUCAACAAUGAUUCAGUGGUCGUCGAUGAAAAUAGCAAAGAAUUAAUCAUCAGAGAUAUUAAAUCAACACAACUCAAAAUUCAACAUAUUAAUAAUAAUAACUCAACACUAGAUCAUGAAGAUAUUACAAUGAUUUGUAAAAAGGCAUCAAUCGAAGAAACCAAUUUCGAUAAUAUUGAUAAUAUAUUAUUUAUUACUCCAUCCUCUUCUUCAAAGUUAUCAACCAGAUUGAUUUCACAAGCAUCAUCAAUUUCAAAACACGUAAAAGAAGGAGAAAAGGUUGUAAUUAUUUAUUUGGAAUCAUUGAUAGAGAUGAAUUCGAGUAAUCUUGACAAGAAAUCAAUGCAACUCAUCAGAUUACACCAAAUAUUAAGAAAGGAACAACUACCUGUCAAAUUAAUAACAUUGAUAACUGGUCAACUCAAUCAAUGUUUGGUUCCAAUUUGCAGAGAUUAUGAUCGUCCAUCUGACAUGUUCGAGCAUUUGAUUCGAUAUCAAUCAGCAUGGAUCAUCAAAGUUAAUAUUAAAUUGGAAUGUAAUGAUCAAGUUAUUCAAGUCCCAAAGCAUUGGAAUUGGGUUCAAGAUGCAUUAUUAAUGAUAAACAAGAUAUUAGAGUCAAUUCAAGCCAAAGCAGCAUCAGUCAAUUUCAAAGAUCUUAUGACUUUGGAAGGUAGAGUCGAUCAAAAAAGAAAUAUACUUGGACAAGAUCUUGCUGGUAUCGUCACAAGAAUCGGAUCAAAAGUAACAAAUUUCAAGAUUGGUGAUGAAGUUUUUGGUUUGUCUCAUGCUUUUACCUAUUCAGUUGCUUUGGAAAAUAAUCUAGUUCAUAAGCCAAAGGAACUCUCAUUUGUUGAAGCUGCAUCUCUGCCGGUUACAAUGGGAACUGCCUACACGGUACUCAAAAAAGCCAGUAUUGUUUCGUCGGAUUCAAUUCUCAUUCACAGUGCAACUGGCGGUGUCGAGCACAAACAACACAUCAGAACAAGAAAACAUAUUGGAAAGGUUGUCAUUGAUUAUGAAAAUGCUGAAAGAGAUUUGGUCGAGCCAUUGUUACGUGAAAGAGAUAGAAAACAGAUAGAAAGAGUACACUAUCAACUUGAUGGUGUUCAAGAUACUCUUCUCAUCACUGGUCAAACAGGAGUUGCUGUUGAAUCACUUCAUUAUAUCAUCAAACAUGCACCUCAACUACGUGAUACAAUUUGUUACAAUGAUUCAACCAUUAAACCAGUCAAAUCAGUUAUACAUUGUGCCAAUACCUAUGUAUUUGCAGAUGCAGAUGAUGUUACAAUGGAGAAUCAUCGACAAGCAAUGAUGGCCAAAGCAAUCGGUGCAUUGAAUCUUCACAAUUUAUUUAAAGAGCUGCAAUGGAAAUUAAAUCAUUUCCAUUUACUGUCAUCGAUUGCUCAAUACUCUGGAAGAGAAAGUUUCAGUUAUGCAGUUGCCAAUUCAUUCCUCGAUCAUCUUGCUCAACACCGUAGAAAUUGUGGAUUGACAGCAACAGCUAUUAUUUGGGGAUCGAUUGGAUCAACUGGAAGAGUUGCAAUUAGUAAAACUAUCAAAUGA